AUGGAUUUGGAGAUCAAGAGGGAGAGGAAGAAGAGGGUCAUGGAUGAUCAGUUAAGAAUCAAAUGGGGUAGCUUGACUAUGGCCAGUGCCCUAGAGGUGGUAGAGAAGUUGAUGACUACGAGGGCUUUGGGGAAUAGUGGGGAUGCAACCACGGUAGGUGAUACCUCUAUAUUGGCUGAACGCUAUGAGUAUGCAGAAUUUUCACAGCCCUAUAUUGACUCUGGACUUGUCAUGAUAGUGACCGAAAGGCCAAGACUCAACAAGGUCCAAUUUAUUGCUAUAAAGGCCUUCAAGUUGAAGUUGUGGAUUCUGCUAGCAGUGAUGAGCAUGUCCACAGGGGUUGUCAUCUGGUUAAAUGAGUAUGUAAAUGACAACCCGGAUUUCAGUGGUUCUUUCCCUCAGCUUAUUGGAUCCAUGCUUUGGUUCUCUGUCACUGUUCUCUCUUUUUCACAAAGUAAGUUUCAAACUUAG